AACAGUAGAAGAAGAGUCAGGCCUGGCUGAGGCAGCGAUUGUGGUGAAGAGUAUUAUUUAUUAUCUGUGGACUAACUGUAAAGUAAUGGUUAACUUUUAUGGACUUUGGAUGCUUGCCGUCCACAACGUCGCGUACAGCGUGUGAUUUUUGAGAGCAUUCACCGGCAGCUGGAGGUGGAGACUCGUGUAACUGCGGUGUUGAUAUCCCGGUAAAGCGAAAGACAUCAAAGCCGCUGAGCUGCGCUUCCCCCUCUUCUAAUUUCCAGCGACGAACAUGAACUCCAUCUUUAGACAGCAUCGUUUUAUAUUUUAAACUAACCGCUGUUUUAAAGUCAUGGCGAACGACGGCUUAGUGAAGACGUUUGUAAACGUGUGCAAUUAUCUCCAGGAGCCGUGUCAUGUAGCGAGGUUUCAGCGUUUGUGCGGCGUUAAAGGGACUUUUACGGACAAGUCGCAGAAGCCGAAGGCGGGACACACGGACCAGGACUGCCCGGGGCUGAAGCAGAGGAUCCGCAGCUCGGACGUCAGUGUCGGUAAUGGAAGAGCUGGAGAUGCCGCAGCUGCAUCGCAGGUUAACGGGACGCUGAGUGAUGCCGACCCUGACGCUCCAUCAGCGGCAGCGGUCGUCGACCCAGACGCCGCCAGAUCCAAACCCCUCCGGAGGAACUCCCUAACCGGAGAUGUGGGUCAGGAAUUCCUCAUCCACAACAAGUUCCUCUUCUACCUGUUCACGUUUGGGACCGAGUUGGGCAACGAGAUGUUCUUCAUCGUCUUCUUCCCCUUCGUCUUCUGGAACAUCGACGCCCUCGUCAGCAGGAGGCUCAUCGUGGUCUGGGCCUGGAAUCUGUUCGUGGGACAGUCCACCAAGGACAUGGUCCGCUGGUCCCGGCCGGCGUCCCCCCCUGUGGUCAAGGUGGAGGUCUUCUACAACUCAGAGUACAGCAUGCCCUCCACACACGCCAUGACCGGGACAGCCAUACCUUUCUGUCUCUUCAUGCUGACCUAUGGACGGUGGCAGUACUCGUUCCUGUUUGGCCUUUGUGUUGCUCUCAGCUGGAGUGUCCUGGUCUGUGUGAGCAGAGUCUACAUGGGGAUGCAUUCCAUUCUGGAGGUAGUCACUGGAUUCCUGUACAGCCUUCUCAUUCUCGCCUUCUUCCAUCCAAUCUUGGAUAAGAUCGACACCUUCUACAUGAUGAGCCACUACGCUCCACUCGUGAUUGUCUUGUCACACGUGAGCCUCGGACUGGUGGCUUUCUCCCUGGAUUCCUGGAGCACCUCUCGCGGUGAUACGGCUCAGGCUCUGGGGACCGGAGCCGGAGCUGCUUUGGCUACUCAUGUGAACUAUCAGCUGGGGCUGCUGGUGGAUCCCCCGCUGUCUUCGCUCCCUCUAACGUUACCACCAAUAACCACUGGCUUGGUGCUCCGCUCCGUGCUGCGCUUCCUCUUAGGCGUCGCUGUCCUCCUAGUCACGAGAAUGGCAAUGAAGGGAGUGACUAUUCCCUUCUUAUGUCGACUGUUUGGGCUGCCCACAGACGAUGUGAGACGGGCGAGGCAGCACAUGAAAGUGGAGUUGCCGUACCGUUACAUUGUCUACAGUGUUGUGGGUUUUAGCUGUGUCGUUGUGGUGCCUCUCCUCUUUGGGAUGCUGAACCUUGCCUGAGCUUGUGUUGAGACUGUCAUUGUACUGCUGACAUGUUCACCCUGCACGGUGAAGGCAAACAGCAUUUAGUUACAUGCAGAUACAUUCUCUGACAUUUAAAGGAGUAGUUCACAAAUCCCAUGAACAGAUCAUAGUUCAGUUUGAGUAUUUCCUACUUUAAACAAGUAGCUUCACUGUUGUCCAAAAAAAGUACAUGAAUGAGGCACACAAAAAACAACCACUCUAUUUAGUUUAGUAUUCUAGAGAUUAGAGUUGAGAGUAUUUACAAAGAAUUUUCUUUGCAGUUACAGAAAGUGUUAAAUGGCAAACAAACAGGAUACUUAACAUUCUUCCUUAUGUUAUUAUAUCCUUCUUAAUUUAUACAUGCAUCCUUGAAAAUGUCCAGUAACUGAAUUUUACAUCGUGAAAGAGGAAUGUAUUGUUUAGGGCUGCAGGUUUUCACUCAGCUAUAGCCACAAACCAAAGAUAACCACUUUAUUGUCAUAUAAGAGCAAAUAAAUCAUUUAAGAAGGUUAAAUCACUAAUAAUAAUGAAACUUAAUAAUGAAUGAAUUAUUGCAGCCCCAGUAGUAUUAAAAAUAUAUGUAUUAAACUUGCUUUUAUUCUUAAUUUGAAAUAUUUAAUAUGUUUAUAGACUAAACCUUCUUUAAAAUCAAGUUAAGUUUGAAUCACUUCCACCUUCUGCCUUAAUUAAAAAAAGUAUUAAUUUCCAUCCUAAACUGGUCCCAGUUUGAGUAUGUUUUAUCUGCAUCUUCAGUUUGAACCAGCGGGUCUGGAACUUAGAGUCACAAACUGGAGGAAAUCAGAAAGUAAACAGGUUUGAUUUUGACCUUUUCAUGGGAUUUGUUGUCAGGACUCUCCUGUGGUCAACACAUGCAAGUGUUAACUGGAACUUUUAAUACAGAAUCUAUCCUGUUGUACAUUUCUAUCAUAUAAGUGAAACCUAUAUAAUGAUGUUUUUUGAAGCAUCCCAGAUGCUAAGAAUAAACCAAACCAUGAAUAGUUGUGAUCUCAUUUGUUUUACAAAUACACAGCUUGGGAUGAAUACAACCGUAUUUAAACUGAACUGAAAUCUCUUUGUUGUGCUCCAACAUGUUUUUCCAUGUCCAUAAUCAGCGUUAUUCUGUUGCCUUUCUUGCACCACAAAAAUAGUUUGUAGUUUUUGGCGCAAGAUGAAAAUGAAGUGCUCUUUAGACUAAAAAGAAAAGAAUUUAGCAGAACAGAAGAAAAACAAAUAUUUUUGAUAAUUUAUUUUAUCAUCAUGAUAAUCUUGGGCUGAAGUUUUGUUAAGAAAAAAAAUUGAAAUCGAAAUAUAUUGCUAUGAAACUCAGAGACAUUUCAGUUGUUCUUAUGCCGUAGGACAUACAAACACUGACUCUAGCUCUCGUCUAAAUGUGGAAAAUUAUUAUUUUUUCUGUAAUUUAUUAAUUGUAUAAUGCUCAUGUCAGAAGAUGAAUGCCAGAGCUCUUAUAUCAUGGAUAUUUAUAGAUCUAAUAUUGCCAUUAACUCUCUGUAUUUGUUAUGCAAGAACUGUAUCUGGAAAAAUAUGUUAAAAAAAAAUAAAAUAUUUAAAACUUUAA